AUGUCAAGAGAUAGCUUCCCUAACUUUGGUACCGCUGCCAUUCAUGUUGGUCAAGAACCGGAACAGUGGGACAUGAAUCAGGUAGUGGCUCCUAUUUCUCUUUCUACUACAUACAAACAAGACCGACCAGGAGAACCGAAAGGGCAUGAUUAUUCAAGAGCUGGCAAUCCAUCAAGGGAUGUCUUACAGAAGUGCUUAGCUUCUCUUGAAGAUGGAAAGUACUGUCAUGUGUUUUCAUCUGGCCUCGCCUCUUCCAUGGCUAUUAUAAACUUGCUUCGAGCUGGAGACCAUAUCAUUUGUUCCGAUGAUGUUUAUGGAGGCACACAGCGAUUUAUUCGUCGUGUAUCGGUUGUAAAUCAUGGACUACAAGCUGAUUUUGUUGAUCUAACCGAUAUUGCUCGUCUCGAAGAAGCCUUCAAACCGAAUACAAAGAUGGUUUGGUUUGAAACGCCUUCCAAUCCGCUUUUGAAGGUGGUCGAUAUCGCUGUAGUAGUGCAUUGUGUUAAAAGGGUCAAUUCAAACAUCUUAGUCGUGGUGGACAAUACGUUCAUGAGUCCUUAUUUCCAGCGACCGUUGUCAAUGGGUGUCGACAUUGUUAUUCAUUCGAUUACAAAGUACAUAAACGGACAUUCUGACGUAGUGAUGGGUGCUGUUAUCACUGACAACGAUGAUAUUCAGCAGCAUUUGUUUUUCCAACAACUUGCUGUUGGCGCCGUGCCGUCUCCUUUCGACUGUUUCCUGGUGAAUCGAGGGCUCAAGACGCUGCACGUCAGAAUGCGAGCUCACUACGAGAAUGCUCUAGCAGUGGCUCAAUAUCUUGAAAACAAUGAGCGAGUGGAACGUGUGCUGUAUCCUGCGUUGCCAUCGCACCCACAGCACAAAAUUCACAAGAGUCAAACAAAAGGAAUGUCAGGAAUGAUGUCCUUCUACCUUAAAGGCGAUUUAGAGGAAAGCCGUACGUUCCUUAGUAGCUUAAAGAUAUUUACAUUAGCUGAAUCACUUGGCGGUUAUGAAUCUCUCGCUGAAUUACCAUCGAUAAUGACCCAUGCUUCUGUACCUCCUGAAGAACGUAAAAAACUUCGUAUAACUGACAAUCUCAUUCGGCUUUCAGUUGGAAUAGAGGAUUUGGAUGAUCUCAUCGCAGAUUUGGAUCAGGCAUUAAAAGCAGCAGUAAGUUUCAGUGGUUCGAAGCAUUCGACUUCAUUAACCAUCCUUGGAAAUGUUUGA